AUGAUGAAAGAAGAGAGCACGCCAAUGCAGCUGGAUGGAGGAAUAUUUAAUGGAAACGAGGAUAUUCCCAUCGAAAUACAGGAAGAAAAGAACGGGAUACAUAUAGCUAUAACAGGAAAGAUUACAAAAGGAGUAGGCGUGCAGUAUGCUCCCGGCAAUGCUUGCGUGAUAAAACACAUGGGGCCCAGUAUAUUUGACAGCUUGGAGAUAGUGGCAUACGACAAAAAGAGUAUUCCAAUGAUUCGGCAUAUAUUAACAAGCGCAUUAGACAAUGAAGUGCACAAGCUGGGUAUUCAUCUUAAGUUUUCUAUGCACUUAUCUGUGCUGUCCUCUCAGAGAUAUAUGGAGGGAGCCGUGCAUGCUGUUAAUAUGAUACUUGACUAUAUAAACAUACCUUCUAGAUACGAAAUAGAGGCUGCAGCGGGAAAUGCAGAAGAGGGCAGGCAGGCAUUUAAGCAAACUAUUAUUAAGAACAAUUCAAAUGAAAUAAUACACUCUGUAUGGGUGGGAUCAUUUUCUGCAUAAAUUUACAGUGUAUACCCAGAGUAGACUCAAUUUAAAAUAUACUCGGAAGCGAUUAGAAUGCCUGCUAUAUUAUUUUUGGAUAUAAAAUAUAAUUUUGAUAGUAUUAGAUAGAAUACUUGUUUAUAUACCCACUC